CCUCGCGCAGCGUUUUAAUUCAUCGUCUCUGUCGCGUUAAUCUGUUAAUAGCUUUAACAGUGUAAAACUCAUAUAUCGCCUCUAGAAUAACCCCCUGAGACGAUUUCAUGCCGUAUUAUGUGGAAAAAAUGUCGAGUUUAGACGUAAUCUGUGAGAAGAUUCACGACGCUCACGGGCCGCAGUGGGAACGCGGCGGCAUUUGCGUCGCGUGCGUCGCGGAGAUGAUGGACAGGUCGGACGUGUCGGCGGUGCGCAAGCGCGCGGCGCUCGUGUCCGUGAUGCGCGUGGACGCGGCUCGGGAGCUGCUGUACUGCGAAGAACAACGAAGAGUUCACUUCAUCUCAUCAUUACUGAAAACGCUGUUCAGUGCUGUGGAUUCGUCUCUGCUGGAUCAGACCGUUCAAGUUCUGUUGCAGGUGACACUGGACGUCCCGAAUCAAGCAUUUCUGCUCUUCAUCCUGGAUCAGAUCCACUCAAGGUGGACUGAUGGGGAGAAAGCGUCUCUGUCCUCCUUGACGUUUCUGGGUAAACUGCUGGACGCUCAUCCUGCUCUGAGUCAAACACUGACGUCCAGCCGCCUGUGUGUGCUGGAGUGUGUGUGCUCAGCUCUGCUGGUCUCAGAUGAGGACGUGAAGGCCGCCGUGUGUUACGUGAUGUUCGGGAUCUGGAGUUGCGCUCCUGCGAUUCAGACGCUUCCAGACACACUCCGACAGCGCAUGUGUGUGUUACUGCUGCACACACUCUCACACACACACACCACAGCGCUCACCGUCAACUGCCUGGGUGUGGUGAAGCAGAUGUGUCAGUACUCUGAUGUCGUGUGUGUGUUGAUGAGGGACCUGAAGGACGGAGGUGAAGAUCCUCUGCCCUAUCAACCACUGCCGCUCAUCCUGAAGAAGCGUCUAAAAAUGCGUCGAAAUCGCGGCCGCACCAUUUCCACCUUCUUUCCAAAAUGCUCUGAGCAAACAUGA